UGGAAUCAUGUGUGAGUCAACCAAGUCAAAAUCUAUCUUAAAUAAAUAUCACCAGCCCCCCAGCCUACCGCCACUUCACACCCAUGUGUUUUCUUCAAUUCCAAUAAUUCCUAUUGUAUUUCCAAUUAUUAUUUCGUAUGUUUUAAUGAUACAAUACAAUUAAUGUAAAAAUUAAUUACCAACUAAUCAGGUUUCUCAAAGGACUUCGUUUGAGUCGUAAUUCUAAUUAAGAUUUUGAUAUUUGUUAAUCAUGAUUGCAAACAGAUUUGUUAGUUAUACAAGUCAAUCUAUCACCUCAUAUUCAACAACGUGUUUUACACCUCAAAUCUUCUUCAAUCGAACACUUGAGCAUGUGAAAUGAUUCGCCCUCUCCACAUGAUUCUCUUAUAUUUCUUUACAUUAAUAUUUGCAAAUCUAUUUUGCCACCCUAAAUUAUCUUUAAACCAACAACAAUCGCUGUAACUACUGACUCUACAUUAUAUAUAUAUAUAUAUAUAUGAGUAGAUCAUCUUCUGAUCUAUCCAUACAACAAUAUCUCUCUCUGAUUGUUUGUGCAAUGGAAAUGAGAGGCAUGUUUUCAUGUGGGUUAUUAUUAGGAAGCUUCCUCAUCCUUUCUUCUCUUCCUCACUUAUCUUCAUCUCUCCCAACCCAUCAUUUCCCACAUUCUAGACGCCUAUUAAAACCCAAACCCACCACUAGUAACAAAGUCAUUCAACAGUUUCUAGCACCUCACAACAAUGAGCGAACAAAGCUUGGUCUCCCGCCCCUAAAAUGGAGCAAAAAGCUUGCCAAAUUCGCUUCUUGGUGGGCAAACCAGCGGAGACGAGACUGCCAGCUGAUACAUUCGAACAGCGAUUACGGCGAGAAUCUCUUCUGGGGAAGCGGCAAAGACUGGAAACCAGGCGAUGCAGUUGCCGCAUGGGCUGCAGAGAAGAUUUAUUACAAUCAUGGAACGAAUACGUGCAGCCAUGACAGAGAUUGCUUGCAUUAUACCCAGAUAGUCUGGAGGCAGAGCUUGAAGAUCGGCUGCGCACAAGUUGUUUGCACUAGUGGCGAUACCUUCACUACUUGCAAUUAUGAUCCUCAUGGUAAUGUCAUAGGCCAAAAGCCUUUCUGAUUUUCCCCAAUUGUAAUAUACAUAGUAUACCCAUAUGCAAAAGUAUAUAAUUA